CUCCAACCUGCUUCAGGAUCAAAUUAAACUCUCCUGUUGCUUUUCCCCAUGGGAGAGAACUACCAUUCAUUGAGCUCCUGCUGUGUGCCACAUAUUUUUAUAUUUAAUGCAACCAUCCUAGGAGGAAGCCCUCCAACUUUGGCCAGAAUGGAGCAGCCGAAGGGGGUUGAUUGGACGGUCAUCAUCCUGACAUGCCAGUACAAGGACAGUGUCGAGGUCUUCCAGAGAGAGCUGGAAAUACGGCAGAAGCGAGAGCAGAUCCCCGCCAGCACGCUGCUGUUGGCCGUGGAGGACCCGGAAGUUCACGUGGGCAGUGGAGGAGCCACCCUCAAUGCCCUGCUGGUGGCUGCUGAGCACCUGAGUGCCCUCGCAGGCUUCACCGUGGUCACAUCAGAUGUUCUGCACUCGGCCUGGAUCCUUAUCCUGCACAUGGGCCGAGACUUCCCCUUCGAUGACUGUGGCCGGGCCUUCACCUGCCUCCCUGUGGAGAACCCCCAGGCCCCCGUGGAGGCCACGGUCUGCAACCUGGACUGCUUGCUGGACAUCAUGAGCCAUCGGCUGGGCCCAGGCUCCCCGCCAGGCAUUUGGGUCUGCAGCACCGACAUGCUGCUGUCUGUUCCUCCAAACCCAGGGAUUCCCCCCUUCCUUGGGUCGGGGUCCCUGGAGAGCCUCCUGACUCCCCCACCUGCAGGGAUCAGCUGGGACGGCUUCCGGGGAGCCAGAGUGAUCGCCCUUCCUGGGAGCACGGCCUAUGCCCGGAACCAUGGCGUUUACCUCACUGACUCCCAGGACGUCGUUUUGGACAUUUACUACCGGGGCACCGAGGCAGAGAUACAACGAUGUGCCAGGCCUGAUGGGCGGGUACCACUGGUUUCUGGGGUUGUCUUCUUCUCUGCGGAAACGGCUGAGCACCUCCUGGCCACCCAUGUGAGCCCGCCUCUGGAUGCCUGCACCUAUAUGGGCUUGGACUCUGGAGCCCAGCCUGUCCAGCUGUCUCUAUUUUUUGACAUCUUGCUCUGCAUGGCCCGGAACGUGAGAAGGGAAGAGUUCCUGAUGGGGCGGCCCCCGGAGAUGGGGCAAGGUGACGCGGACAUCGCGGGUUACCUGCGUGGAGCCCGGUCUGAGCUGUGGAGGGAGCUUCGCGGUCUGCCCCUCACAGUGGCAUACGUCCCUGACGGCAGUUACAACUACAUGACCAACUCAGCCAGUGAGUUCCUGCACAGUCUCACAUUCCCAGGGGCUCCUGGGGCCCAGGUCGUGCACUCCCAGGUGGAGGAGCAGCAGCUGCUGGGGGCUGGGAGCUCUGUGGUCAGCUGCCUGCUGGAGGGCCCCGUCCGGCUGGGUCCUGGGAGUGUCCUGCAGCACUGCCACCUGCGGGAUCCCUGCCCUCUCCCCUGCCAGGGCCCCAUUCACAUCGGCACUGGCUGCCUCGUGAGUGGCCUGGACAUGGCCCAGUCUGAGGCACUGCACGGCUUGGAGCUGCAUGACCUCGUCCUGCAGGGACACCACGUGCAGCUGCACGGCACCCCCAGCCGGGCCUUCACCCUCGUUGGCCGUCUGGACAGCUGGGAAAGACAGGGGACGGGAACGUAUCUCAACAUGCCUUGGAGUAAAUUCUUCCAGAAGACAGGCAUUCGGGACUGGGACCUGUGGGACCCAGACACGCCCCCCACUGAGUGCUGCCUUCUCAGUGCCCGUCUCUUUCCCAUGCUCCACCCCUCGAGGGCCCUGGGGCCCCAGGAUAUGUUGUGGAUGCUGGGCCCCCAGGAGGAUGGGGGCAAGGCCCUAAGGGCUUGGCGAGCCUCCUGGCGUCUGUCCUGGGAGCAGCUGCAGCCGUGCCUGGACCGGGCUGCCACGCUGGCCUCCCGCCGGGACCUUUUCUUCCGCCAGGCCCUGCAUAAGGUGCGGCAUGUGCUGGAGGCCCGGCAGGACCUCAGCCUGCGCCCGCUGAUCCGGGCUGCUGUCCGCGAGGGCUGUCCUGGGCCCCUGAUGGCCACGCUGGACCAGGUGGCAGCUGGUGUGGGAGACCCUGGCGUGGCAGCCCGGGCACUGGCCUGUGUGGCGGAUGUACUGGGCUGCAUGGCAGAGGGCCAAGGAGGCUUACGGAGUGGGCCAGCUGCCAACCCCGAGUGGGUGCGGCCCUUCUCGUACCUGGAGUGUGGAGACCUGGCUCGGGGCGUGGAGGUGCUCGCCCAGGAGCGGGACAAGUGGCUGAGCAGACCAGCCUUGCUAGUGCGAGCUGCCCGCCACUACGAGGGGGCUGGGCAGAUCCUGAUCCGCCAGGCUGUGAUGUCAGCCCAGCACUUUGUGUCCUCAGUGCCGGUAGAGCUGCCAGCACCUGGGCAGUGGGUGGUGGCUGAGUGCCCGGCUCGAGUGGAUUUCUCUGGGGGCUGGAGUGACACGCCACCCCUUGCCUAUGAGCUUGGUGGGGCAGUGCUGGGCCUGGCUGUGCGAGUGGACGGCCGCCGGCCCAUCGGGGCCAGGGCUCGCCGCAUCCCAGAGCCUGAGCUGUGGCUGGCAGUGGGACCUCAGCAGGACAAGAUGGCCAUGAAGAUAGUAUGCUGCAGCCUGGAUGACCUGCAGGAUUACUGCCAGCCCCAUGCCCCAGGGGCGCUCUUGAAGGCGGCCUUCAUCUGUGCGGGGAUCGUGAGUGUCCACUCCAGGCUCUCGCUGAGUGAGCAGCUGCUGCGUACCUUCGGGGGUGGCUUUGAGCUGUGUACCUGGUCUGAGCUGCCCCAUGGCUCUGGCCUCGGCACCAGCAGCAUCCUGGCGGGGGCUGCCCUGGCAGCCUUGCAGCGGGCUGCAGGCCGGGCAGUGGGCACGGAGGCCCUGAUCCACGCAGUGCUGCACCUGGAGCAGGUGCUCACCACAGGAGGUGGCUGGCAGGACCAAGUUGGUGGCCUAAUGCCUGGCAUCAAGGUGGGGCGCUCCCAGGCUCAGCUGCCGCUGAAGGUGGAAGUAGAAGAGAUCACUGUGCCUGCGGGCUUUGUCCAGAAGCUCAAUGAUCACCUGCUCUUGGUAUAUACUGGCAAGACCCGCCUGGCCCGGAAUCUGCUGCAGGAUGUGCUGAGGAGCUGGUAUGCCCGGCUGCCUGCCGUUGUGCAGAAUGCCCACAACCUGGUGCAGCACACCAAGGAGUGCACUGAAGCCUUCCGCCAAGGGAGCCUGCCUCUGCUGGGCCAGUGCCUGACGUCAUACUGGGAGCAGAAGAAGCUCAUGGCUCCAGGCUGUGAGCCCUUGGCUGUGCGGCGUAUGAUGGAUGUCCUGGCCCCCUACGUGCAUGGCCAGAGCCUGGCAGGGGCAGGUGGCGGGGGCUUUCUCUAUCUGUUGACCAAGGAGCCACGGCAAAAGGAGGCUCUGGAGGCUGUGCUGGCCAAGACUGAGGGCCUCGGUAACUACAGCAUCCACCUGGUGGAAGUGGACACUCAGGGCCUGAGCCUGCAGAUGCUGGGGACUGAGACCUCAGCCUGAUGCCCCUUCUCGUGAGGCUUGUCCCUCUGCAAGAUGAGAAACCGGAGCUAUGGCAGCCCUUCCCAUCCUUCCCCCGUGGGGGCACUCAGUCUUGUACUCUCCACCCACUUGUGAAUCUGCUUCCAAACGAAGCCAACCUGAGCUUACGCCAGCCUUUUCUACAACUUUGUGAUGCAGAGGCAGUGCUUGGGAUCAGGACUGUGACCUCCUGGUUGACAGUGGCCUAGGCUUGGCCUCUGCUCCAUCUGCACAUAGGAAGGUCCUCUCAGUGCCCCUGUGGCCUUUACAAAUCCGAUGGCUCAGCUUGGGCCUUGGCCUUCUCACUCCAUGAGGGCCUGGAAGAAGGGGAUGACAACCAGCCUUGGCAGAUGGCUGGGGUCCCUUGGUAAGGCCAACCCUGAAGAGGCCCUUUGUGGCAUUUCCUGUGGCCUUCCUUAGAGGUCAGGCUUUUGUGUGAGUAGAUACUUCCUGUUCCGCAUUCACUCCUGGGCUGACUUAAUGGGGGAGUGGGGACAGGGGUGAAGGUCCACACUCAUGUCUGUGGCAGAGAGCCAGGGCAGUCCUGCAGCAAGUCACUGCUAACCGAGGUCUUAACCAGCAACUCUGCCAUGUGCCUGUGGGCCGUGGGUGCUCAGGACUGCAGUCUUCUUGGAAUAAAUUCACUCUGC